AUGACGGAUGGACAGGAAAAAGACACUCUUUCUGAUCGCUCACCUUCCAAAACAAAGCUCAACGAAGAAGUUCUCGCCCCAACUUGUAAAAUAGGUUACCGUCAUCCACUGAUUCAAAUCGUCAUUGUCUCGAUCGUAUGUUUCUGUUGCCCAGGCAUGUACAAUUCCAUCACAGGAUUGGGGGGCGGUGGACAGCUCGACGCAACUGCUGCUGACAAUGCCACCUUUGCGUUGUGUGCAACAUUCGCUAUUGUGGCAUUUUUCUCUGGAAGCAUAGUCAAUAAACUUGGCCCGAAACUUUCUAUGACUAUUGGUUGCACCGGGUACACUUUUUUCAUCGGGUCAUACGUGUAUUACAAUCACACUCAACAGAGCAAUGUUGUAAUUGCCGCUGGUGCAUUCUUGGGUCUGAGUGCGGCUCUGUUAUGGACUGCCCAAGGCGCUCUGAUGCUGGCAUAUUCGACAGAAGCUACAAAGGGUAGAUAUAUCGCCAUGUUUUGGUUUAUAUACAACUUGGGUGCUGUUCUCGGAGAUGCUAUUGCUUUGGGAAGAAAUCGAACAAGCACAGCAGAUACGCCAGUACCCGACUCUAUAUACAUUGUCUUCAUCUGUAUCACGAUUUGUGGUAUCGCAAGCACUUUUGCAUUGACCGACCCUUCCACUGUACGUCGUGCAAAUGGGGAGCAUGUAGUGCUUCAGAAGAGUCUCUCUUGGAAAUCUGAAUUUGAAGGUAUGGCCCAAACUUUGACAAAAGAUCCAAUGGUGCUAUUAUUAUUUCCGUUUUUCUGGGCAAGCACCUGGUUUUACACCUAUCUAUUCAACGAUUUCAAUCUCGCUCUAUUCAAUCUACGUACACGUUCUCUCAAUGCGCUAUUAUAUUGGAUUUCCCAACUGGUUGGGUCUACAUUUUUAGGCUGUUGUUUAGACUUUUCUUCAAAGUAUGAAUUAUUUCAGAGUGGUCGGAGACGCGGUUUUCUAGGUUGGGGACUCUUAGCUGCCGUUCUAUUUGGAACGUGGGGUGGAGGAUGGGUUGUUCAGAAGGACUUCGAUCGUGAUAGUGUAAUUUUAAAAAUGGAUUGGUCGGAUAACCAAUAUACGGGAAGGGUCAUUUUGUAUAUCUUUUACGGUAUAAUGGACGCCAUGUGGCAAACAUAUGCAUAUUGGGUGAUGGCCGCCUUUAGUAAUGAUCCACGAACUCUUGCCUCACUUGUAGGAUUUUACAAGGGGAUUCAAGCUGCAGGCGCAGCCGUAAUCUAUCAAGUAGAUGCAAAAGGAGUGUCUUAUAAGACGAUCUUCCUAUCCUCUUGGGCACUCUUAGCAUUAGGAAUUGUAUGUUUAUUGCCAGUUCUGUUUCUGCGUAUCAAGGUGAACUUUUACAAUGAGAAUUUUUGGUCUGCAAGUCAUAGGAAGAGUACUACUAAUUGUGUUAUCAUUUAUUUUUGA